ACGCAUCUCUAGAAAAUAAAAAAACAUCUGUGAAAAAACAUAACCGAACCAUAAAAUUACCUAAAUAGUAGUUUGUUGUCGAAGUAAUUGUUGAGAAGGAUGAAUGCAUAUAAUAUAUCAAGACUAAGCUACAAAAUAGCGACGCAACAAAUUGCUCGCAAUUAUGCUUUCAAAUCGGAUUUGAAAAUUAAAUGGGUGCGACCAGAGAAAAUUCCCUCAAUAGAUCCUCGAAAAAGUGGCGAUUGUGCAAAAUUGCCACCAGUUGAUCCUAAAGAGCUGAUAAAAGAAUUUAGAAAAUCGAAAGAACUUGAAACCGCAGAUCAAAUGGUGCGUUCGUUAUUUGAGUUAGGAAAUAAUCCUAGACACUUUACUUCGGCUCAUUAUCGUGAUGCAUUUGUGAAAGAAGUUCAACGGCAUCGGUUGGAUUAUGGGUCGAUGGAAGCAAAACUUGCUCGCAUGACUGCAACUAUACGUCGUUUUCAAGAACAUAUGGCACAAUUUCCCCGUGAUAAAGGGAUCAAAGUGCAACUUAAGGAACUGAUUGAGAAGCGCAAAAAAUUCCUAAAGUAUCUAAGGCGUUGGGAUUAUCGUCGCUUCGAAUGGAUUUUGGAAAAGCUUGAUUUGAUUUACAAACCACCACCGGCAAAGUUUCAUUGGAUAACACGCAAAGAAUCUCUGAAAAAGCUGACCGAUAUCCAUUGUGAGAAAUUGCGAAAAGAGAAGUUGGAUGAAUACCGCAAAACAUUAGAAGAGCAACAAAUACCAUUUCUCGAGGAUGCAAUUAAAAAAUUGGAAUUUGUCCGUCAGGAGCAAUUAGAUUUAGAUAUUCCCGUAACCGUGACAUUAGAAAAUAUCGAUGACUAUAAGAAACGCUUGAGUGAACUGAAAGAGCUACGUGAGGAAACAACAAAGUUAAAAAAUGAAGUUGGACAGUUGUAAACAAUAAAAUGAAAG